AUGGGCCUUAUCGGGCCAGGCUCAGUCCGUCACGCGCAGACGACUCGCUCGCGCCGCCGCCGACUCCUCCUCAUCGCUCCACCGCAGCCGCCGUCACUCCUAGCGGGGACUGGAGCACCGGCGUUGGAGAAGAGAGAAGAGAAGAGCGGACGAUCAGGAUGGAGGCAGUGGUGCGGAAGGUGCAGCAGCGGGUGAGGAAGGCACGGGAGGAGACGGAGCGGUGGGACGACCUCAACUCCCGAUUCCUCUCCCAGUUCUCCAACGCCGCCGCCAUCAUCGCUCGCCUUCCGGUACUUGGAGACGCUAAAAAUUACGGUGUACUUGGGUGUGUGCCCAACGUCAGGGAGGAUCUCUUGGGGAAGCAGAUGGAGAGCCUUGAGCUCAUAUUCGUUUCCAUGAGGGAGACACUGGAGGAGUUCAGUGGCAUUGCCAAAGGUUUGAAUAAGGCGCUGCGCAAUACUAAUCAGAUGGUGAGAGGUGGAUCGACACUCACUGCGAAACAAUUGCAAUUACAAGUGGGGAUUUUGCCGACUAUUGCGUACUGCUUGGAUGGGCUACAAACACUGUCUGACAUGCACCAGGCUGAGUAUGCACUAAAAUCAUCAGUCAUCUCUUUGCUGACAUGGAAGAGCAGUUCUAGUGACAUCGCUGCACUACGUCAACUCUUGGUGGACCAGCCAAACAUACCAAAAGAUGAAGUGCAAUCUAUUUUUGACAUUAUAUUUGCAGAUGAAAUUUGUUGAAUUCAAUCCAUAUACUAACUAUCGGGAGCCCUAUUACCCGGACAUAUUGAAGCCAUUAUAUUUUGAUCUACUUGCCUAUCCAUACAAGGCAUGAAGGCGAGGGAACUUUCAGGUUCAAUGGAUCCAAUUGUUGUAUCACUGUGACAAAAGUGGAAUAGAUUUACAGAACCAUCUAACUUGCAAACCUGCAAGUAGGCAUAUCUUGUUUGACAUAUUGGAAAUUGUGAUGUUCUAUCUCAUGCUACGUCAAACGCUCCAAGUAUUGAAGCUAAUAUCAAACAAUUGAUCCUGCCGUGAAUUACAGAAUAGUCCUUGGGGAACUAGUUUGGCCUGAAGUUUCACUGUGUGUGAAGCUGCCAUCGUGAGGUGAGGAUGCUUAUUACCUAGCUCUGUCCGUUUUCCGUGAUACUAUGUAACAGUCAUAUUCUGGAGGUUAGAGGUUUGUUUUCUUUCUAUCACACUUAGCAGGUCCGCAGGUGUUGAAGCUUCUCGUGUACUGUGUGCCUGUAAAUUAUCUGGAAUGAAUGAAAAAUAUUGUUGUGGGGUUCUUUACCAUCAA